CUCUCCCUCACCUCACUCUCUCUCGUCAGUCGUCUGUCACUUCCAAUCCAAGCCACCACCAACACACCAAAUUCAAAACACCGAAUCCCCCACCAUUCACCAUCCAAACAAACGCCCAGAUCUCCUCCUCCUCCUCCUCCACAUUUCUCCGAUUCAGAUCCGACUUUCCCCGAUUCGGAUCCGCCGAGAUCCAAUCCCAAUUUCGGAUCCCCAAUGGAGAAGUCGUGCACUCUCCUGGUCCACUUCGACAAGGGCACCCCCGCCCUCGCCAAUGAGAUCAAGGAAGCCCUCGAAGGAAACGACACCGAAUUGAAGAUCGAAGCCCUGAAGAAGGCCAUCAUGCUCCUCCUCAACGGCGACACCAUCCCUCACCUCUUCAUCACCAUCAUUCGCUACGUCCUCCCCUCCGAGGACCACACCAUCCAGAAGCUCCUCCUCCUAUACCUCGAGAUCAUCGACAAGACCGACUCCAAGGGGAAGGUCCUGCCGGAGAUGAUCCUCAUCUGCCAGAACCUCCGCAACAACCUCCAGUCCCCCAACGAGUACAUCCGCGGCGUCACGCUCCGGUUUCUCUGCCGCUUGAAUGAGUCCGAGAUUAUCGAGCCUCUUAUCCCUUCGAUUCUCGCCAAUUUGGAGCACCGCCACCCGUUCGUGCGGCGGAAUGCGGUCCUGGCGAUCAUGUCCGUGUACCGCCUGCCGCAGGGGGAGAUGUUGCUGGACAGCGCGCCGGAGAUCAUAGAUCGGUUCUUGGCAUCGGAGCAGGACCCUUCGAGUAAGCGAAAUGCUUUUCUUAUGCUGUUUAAUUGCGCGCAGGAUAGGGCUGUGAAUUACUUGUUUAAGCAUAUCGAUAGGAUUAUUGAUUGGGGGGAACAGUUACAGAUGGUUGUGUUGGAAUUGAUUAAGAAGGUCUGUAGGGUUAAUAAAGGUGAGAAAGGGAAGUACAUUAAGGUUAUUAUAUCAUUGCUUAAUGCCCCGUCGAGUGCGGUUGUUUAUGAGUGUGCCGGAACCCUUGUGUCAUUGUCCUCGGCACCUACUGCAAUUCGGGCAGCUGCCAACACGUACUGUCAGUUGUUGUUGUCUCAGAGUGAUAACAAUGUGAAGUUGAUUGUGCUGGAUAGGAUUAGUGAGCUUAAGGCAUCACACAGGGAGAUUGUGGUUGAGUUGGUUAUGGAUGUGCUCAGGGCAUUGUCGAGUCCUAAUGUUGAUAUUAGGAGGAAGACUCUUGACAUUGUGCUUGAUUUGAUUACUCCUGCGAAUGUUGAUGAGGUUGUGAUGAUGUUGAAGAAGGAGGUUGUGAAGACUCAGAGUGGGGAACAUGAGAAGAAUGGGGAGUAUAGGCAGAUGUUGGUGCAAGCAAUAUACGCAUGUGCUGUUAAGUUUCCUGAGGUGGCUAGCACAGUGGUGCACCCCUUGAUGGAUUUCUUGGGCGAUUCGAAUGUGGCUUCAGCCCUGGACGUGGCUGUUUUUGUGCGUGAGAUCAUUGAAACCAACCCCAAGCUGCGUGUUUCUAUAAUAAUGAGGCUGCUGGAUACUUUCUACCAGAUCCGCAAUUCCAGGGUGUGUACUCAUGCUCUAUGGAUUAUCGGCGAGUAUGCUCACUCGCUUUCUGAAGUUGAGAGUGGGAUUGCAACCAUUAAGCAGUGUCUUGGGGAGCUUCCAUUCUACACUGCUUCCGAGGAAAAGGAGGCACAAGAUGCUUCAAAGAACUCUCAGGUGGUAAGCUCGAGCACUGUGUCUUCUAGGAGGCCUGUGGUCCUUGCAGACGGGACCUAUGCCACCCAGUCUGCUGCUCUGGAAACUGCGAUGUCUGCACCUGUCCUUGUUCAAGGAUCUCUGACUUCUGUGGGGAACUUGAGGUCAUUGGUUCUCUCGGGUGAUUUUUUCCUUGAGUCAGUUGUGGCUUGCACAUUAACGAAGCUUGUUUUGAGAUUGGAAGAGGUUCAGCCUUCAAAGGUUGAAGUGAACAAGGCAACCACACAAGCAUUGUUGAUCAUGGUCUCUAUGCUGCAACUGGGACAAUCCUCAGUCCUUCCACAUCCGAUUGAUAAUGAUUCUCAAGAUAGAAUUGUUCUUUGCAUCCGAUUACUAUGCCAUAAAGGUGAAGGAGUAAAGAAGAUAUGGCUGGAGUCAUGUAGACAAAGCUUUGUGAAAAUGCUUGCAGAUAAGCAGCUCCGGGAAACAGAAGAAAGUAAAGCUAAGGCCCAGAUAUUGAAUGCACAACCUGAUGACCUUAUUGAUUUCUACCAUCUCAAGAGCAGAAAGGGCAUGAGCCAGCUUGAGUUGGAAGAUGAGGUCCAAGAUGAUCUCAAACGUGCUACUGGAGAGUUCACAAAGGAUAACGAUGACGCGAACAAGCUCAACCGCAUUCUUCAGCUCACAGGAUUCAGUGAUCCUGUUUAUGCUGAAGCCUAUGUUACAGUUAAUCAUUAUGACAUUGUUCUUGAUGUUACUGUCAUCAAUCGAACAAAGGAAACCCUUCAGAAUUUGUGCUUGGAGUUGGCCACAAUGGGUGAUCUCAAACUUGUUGAACGUCCGCAAAACUAUACACUAGCUCCGGAAUCAAGCAAACAGAUAAAGGCAAACAUUAAGGUCUCUUCAACUGAAACGGGAGUUAUAUUUGGUAACAUUGUGUACGAGAGUUCUUCAAAUGUGCUUGAUAGAACGGUUAUUGUCCUCAAUGACAUCCAUAUCGAUAUAAUGGAUUACAUCUCUCCUGCAUCAUGCACUGAUGUAGCAUUUAGGGCAAUGUGGGCUGAGUUUGAGUGGGAGAAUAAGGUUGCCGUAAAUACUGUUAUUCAAGACGAGAAGGAAUUUCUGAACCACGUUGUAAAAGCGACUAACAUGAAGUGCCUGACUCCACCAUCGGCACUGGAAGGAGAGUGUGGAGUCCUCGCUGCUAAUCUGUAUGCAAAGAGUGUCUUCGGGGAGGAUGCUUUGGUGAAUGUGAGCGUUGAGAAACAAGCAGAUGGUAAGCUAAGUGGAUACAUCAGAAUUAGAAGCAAGACUCAAGGCAUUGCCCUCAGUCUGGGGGACAAAAUCACCUUGAAACAGAAAGGCGGCCCUUGAUCGGACAUUAACCCUAAUUUUGCAGCUGUUUUUUUCUUCCUCAACCUUGUGAGUACGAGUCUGCUUGCAGCCAUAAGCCUAUAUCUUUUCAUCUUGCUCUUACAGUCAUGUUUUUCCCGAGGAUCAAGUUUGUUAUAGUUUGGUUUCUUAUGUCCUUGCCUUGGAUGUUACAUUUAGCUUUGUUCCUUUGAUUUUUCGCAGCAAGUGCGUGGAUAGGACGUAUUGCUAUCCACGAUAUAUCCAAAGUAAAGUUGUAGUGAUGUCAACCUUACACAUUUCUAUUGUCAAAUGUAACAUUUCGUGUUUUAACUU